GAGAGAGAGAGAGAGAGAGAGAGAGAGAGAGAGAGAGAGAGAGAGAGAGAGAGAGGAGAAGCAGUGUAAAUUGAAAAUUCUCUCCGAGAUCGUGGCGGUUCUUUCGUUAUACAAGCCAAAUCUAAGUGAUGUCCUUUUCAAAGACGUAAUCCAACUUCAAAGUGUCAUGCAAUCAAUAAGAAAUAUUCUCUUGCUAUUUCACCCGAAAGAGAAAUGGGUGGAAGUUUAACAUCGCCCUUUAUCGGAUCAGCAUGUGUCUCUAUUCUCCUUGUGGUUCUGGUUUUAAACAUUGGCGAGUGUGUGGUUUACAUGCGUACGUUAAGUGACCGGGUUGUGACCACACGUUACGGAACGGUCCGAGGUGUGAUGGUGGAAUUCCCUAACCGUCAUCUCAAACCAGUUGAUGCGUAUUUAGGAUUGCCGUACGCCUCUUUGCUUAGAGGCAACCUUCGAUUCAUGCCUCCCACCAGUCCAAUGGAAAAAUGGACCGGUACCAGAGUGGUUCUUGAUAUGAGUCCCGUGUGCCCACAGAAAGUUCCCGAUCUCAACGACUUAAAAGGAAAGGUACCUGAGAGCCGUUAUGAGCACUACAAAAGGAUAGCACCUUUACUUUCAAAACAACUUGAAGAUUGUUUAAGCCUUAAUCUCUAUGUUCCCAGACAAGAAUGGAACAACACGAACCCUAUGCCCGUAAUGGUAUUUAUCCAUGGUGAGUCGUACGAUUCCGGAAGCGGAAACGUCUACGACGGAAGUGUAUUGGCUAGCUUUGGCGAAGUCAUUGUUGUAACUGUUAACUACCGGCUUGGAGUGCUGGGUUUCUUGAGCACGGGGGAUGGUACUGCCUCUGGUAACUACGCCACACUUGAUCAAAUCGCAGCGUUACAUUGGCUGAAGGAAAACAUUGAGAGCUUCAACGGCGACAAGCAGAGGGUGACGCUGUUCGGACAUGGUCAUGGGGCGGCGUUGGUGAAUCUCUUGUUAGUUUCACCUGUUACGAAAGAUGGGACAUUAUUUCAACGUGCAAUACUCCAAAGUGGAUCAGCGUUAAGCUCUUGGUCUGUUGCCAACGAUCCAAUUGGCUGCACGCACCAGCUUGCCUUGAGCGUCAACUGUUCCAUCGACGAUUCACAAGACCUCAUUAAAUGUCUACGAAAUAAAACUUUCUCAGACUUAGUAAAAAACGCGCCGAAACCACCAAAAUAUUUUUCCUGUUUCGCACCCGUCAUCGAUGGUAAAAACAUCAUACCAAAGUCCGUGGAAGAGUUAAUUAAAAAACCAGUCUCAAUGUUUUCCAACGCAGAUCUAAUGUUCGGGAUCACAAAAAAUGAAGCAUAUUCUUACUUCGAUCAGGAGGACGUGGAAAAUGGAAUCUCCGAAGAAAAAAAGGAGAAAAUGCUACGUACUUAUGUACACAACAGGUUCCAGUUUCACAGACAAAAAGUUUAUGAAAUACUUGACCAUCACUAUGCCGAGUGGAGUAAGAAGACGACUCCGAAAAACCGCCGGGAUAGUCUUUUAGAACUACUCAGUGAUGGUCAAUAUAUUGCACCGUUACUAAAAGUGGGACAGCUGCAUGCUAAAACUGGCAAUACAUACUUUUAUUAUUUCACAUAUACGUCACAGUCUGAAGAAAAAGGCAAAUUGUCUGGGGGAGAUGAGCUUCCGUAUAUUUUCGGGGCUCCCUUAGUUGACGGCAUACAACCUUUUAGCACGUCAUCGUAUUCGAAGUCAGAACGAAUGCUAAGUGAAGCAGUGAUGCGUUACUGGACGAAUUUUGCAAAAUCUGGAGAUCCCAAUAAACCAGUAAAACAAGAAUCGGUUCAUGGCGGAAGAGUGAUUAAUCGUUUCAUGGACCUCAAUUGGCCAAAAUACGAAGAGGAGGAGCAGAAGUAUAUACAUAUUGGAAGGCGUCCAAAUGUGAAAGAAUAUUACCGGGGACAAAAAAUUUCUGUGUGGUUAGAAUUACUUCCGAAAAUUCACAAACCAGAUAACUGCAGUCCAGAACAUCAUCGCUUAGACAACUCAAAUAACAUGAGUACAUACGAUGAGCCGGAUAGGCUUUUUCACUUUACGGAUGUCUUCCCUUCUCCUCCUCCUGUCCCUCCCAUUACCCCUCCACCCAAAUCGCAUUCUCCUUCUACAAAUGGUGGUCCAUCAACACCUCCACCGAAUGGGUACAAUGUUGAGUACGCAAACGAUCUUUCAACUGGGACAACCCCAGAUUACGCGAUGGAUGAUCGACGAACUACGACGGGUACAAACUCACAGAGAGAUGCUAGUUCGGCUAUUAAAGAAGGAGAAAGUAUCGUUCCUCUCAGCAUCACUGUAGCUGUCGGCUGCUCAUUACUCUUCCUCAACAUACUCAUAUUUGCUGGUGUCUAUUAUCAGCGAGAACGUAUGAAAAAAUCUAGACGAGAAAAAGACGAUAUGGACGAGAUCAAAUUAUCAAGGAAGAUUGAGAAGGAGUCGAACAAAAUCGGUGGUGUGUCUGGAGUCGGAAGUAUGGGUGGAGGAAUGGGUGGAAGUAGUAUAGGAGGCCCUGAAACCGUUAGUUUAAUGUCAACACCCCCGACGCAAUCAUCACCUACUAGGCAGGCUCAACAUAAUAAUCCAUCAAAUAAUUCUAGUAAACAAAAUCCUAGCAAAAUACCCGCUUCGCAAGCGUAUUCAUAUAGCGCAUUGCCAACAACGUCUUCAUCACCUUUGCACAGGGCAUCCAAUACUCCAUCUUCCACACUUGACCAUCCUACGAAAGGAAGUUCGCCAUCUCGAAAGGUCAUACCGAAUGCUAUAAAAUCCAAAGAUUCCAUGGAAUCAAGCAAGAAAUCACAUCGAUCAUCGGGUAUUGACCAGGCAAAUAAUGCUAUUACGAUAGUGUGAGUGCUGCAUUUAUUUUUAAAGAAAGACAUAACAAAAAAACAUCUAUAAACAAUCGAGAAAGAUUUACCAAUUAUUUCACAAAACAAUUAUAACCAUUUAUAUGUGUGAAUAGUUAAUGUAUUUAUAAAGCACACCAUAAUAUGUCAUUCGGGCUGGAGACAUGUGGUUUCUUAAGUGGAAUCAACGUGCUGGAUACAUUUCCUUACGAUAUAUAAGAACUGGAUUCAAUUUUGAAAUAUCAGAGAUGGAAAGUUGAUGAUGAUGUUGAUGAUGAUGAUGAUAAUGAUGAUGAUGAUGGUGAUUAAUGUUUAAUAAUAACAACAAUACUAUUCAUAAUAAUAAUGAUAAUGGUGAUGAGGAAAAAUGACGAUGGCGACGAUGAUGAUGAUGAUAUUGAUGAUGAGAUUGAAAAUGACAAUGAUGAUGAUGACGAUGAUAAUAAUGAAAAUAAGGUUAUAAUGGUAAAGGAGAAAGGGUUUGACAGAUAAAAGAUAAUGUCGGAGGAAGUGUUGAAAGUCAUGAUGAUGAUGAUAAAGACAAUGACAAUAAUAAUGAAAAUAAUCAAUAAUAAAAUAAUGCUGAUCGAUUAAUGUCCUUUUCAGACGAAAACAAAAUUAAGGUUUAAACGAAAUUUUGAUGGAAAUUUUACAAUGCCUUAUGAAAUGAGAAAGCGAAGAAACAAGCAUUAAAUAUCCGUGGCAAAAGUCACGCAGAAAAUAAAUUUGGAGAAAUAUAAAAUGAAUAAAAUAAAAUAAGAAAAUAAUUAUUUUCAAAAUUUAGGUAAUGGCAAUUGAAAUUUUACAAGAAAACUCUCAGUGACUAGAUGAAAUUAAUAAAACAUUAUCUUUGGGCAUAUACAUACAU